GAGGCAAAAAGGGGCGGAUGGAUGGGUGGAUGGUGGCACCGAGCUUUUCCUUCUUCAAGCAACAUAGGAGUAGUCUUCGCUCUGCUCCUCCUCUCCCCCACCAGCUCUCGUGCUCGCCGCCAGCCCCGGACAGCGCCGCCCCAGCUCACCGGGAGGGCAGCAAGCAAUGGAGCGGAGCCUCCCCCCCGUCCCCGUCCCCGCGGCGCGCGUGUAGUAGGGCUCCCUCCCUCCCUCCCUCCCUCCCCCCGCGCGGCUCCUCCCCUGCAAGAGGCGUUUUGAUCCGCGAGGAUGGCGAUGGCGGCCUACAGCAACCAAGCGCAGGCGAUGAUGAGGGACUACCUGCUCGCCGACCCGCUCGUCCCCUACACCUCCGUGCUCAUCGGCGUUUUCCUCUGCAAGAUGGCUUAUGACCUCACACGGAUAUUGAGCUCAUUCUACUUCAAGGGCUAUUCUUCUUUGACAAAAAUACAGCGUGUUGAAUGGAACAACAGGGGUAUGUCCAGUGCACAUGCGAUCUUUAUCGCAGCAGUAUCAGUAUAUCUUGUUGCAUCUACAGAUCUUUUCUCUGAUCGCCUUAAUGGGCCUAUUACAUUCCGCAGUUCGAUCAUCUCCACCUCUGCAUUAGGGGUUUCUGUGGGUUACUUCAUCACUGAUCUUGCAAUGAUCUUCUGGUUGUUUCCUUCCCUUGGUGGAAUGGAAUAUGUACUCCAUCAUACUCUUUCUCUGGUUGCAAUAGCCUACACAAUGUUGUCAGGGGAGGGGCAGUUUUACACAUACAUGAUUCUUAUUUCAGAAACAACCACCCCUGAAAUCAACAUGAGAUGGUUCCUUGACACCGCUGGAUUGAAGAAGUCGAGCGCCUACCUGAUUAAUGGUAUUUUGAUAUUUGUUGUAUGGCUGGUGGCAAGGAUAUUUUUGUUCCUGUAUGUAUUUUACCACAUCUAUUUGCACUACAGCCAGAUAAUGAAGAUGCACGCAUUUGGUUAUUACCUGACACUGACCGUGCCGUCGGUGCUCUUUGUCAUGAACGCAAUGUGGUUUACGAAGAUUUUGAAAGGGGUAAUGAAAACACUGUCGAAAUGGUCGUAAUCGGAGUAGGCUUUGCGGACCAGAAGUGCAACAUAACUGGGUGUUCCUGCCGUGCUGCACUGCGUGUGACUUGAAUAUGUAAAGUUAUGAAUAUAUGAAUUAGGCUUUGCAGACCGGAAGUACAACGCCAACUUGGUUGGUGUUCCUGCAGUGCUGCUUGAGACCUUGAUGUGCAAAGUUAUGAACAUAUCGGCGUAACUAGGGAAAGUGAAUAUGUAAAAUACUAGCAAACAAGUUAGAUUAGGCUAAAUCGCGCUAUUUUCCAUGAGCUGGGAUUUCCUGGCCAGUUUGGCACUGUACUGAAGUUCCUAUUCCAAUCCUGCAAUCUGUGUAUACCAGGCCAGGAGAUAAUUCCAUUGCAUCUCUUAUUCAUACUAAAUUUGAUAAUCUAAUUUGAGAUAUUAUAUAUAAGCUGUUGUUAUUCCUGGGA